UGUUCAGCUUUAUACCAGCUCUUUCAUUUUCACUGUCAAGCAUUAGACGAUGAGCCAGCAACCAUCCUCACCUUCAGUAGAGCACCAUCCUAAUGAUGUUUCAGGCCACGAUGAAGGCAGUAGUAUCAACGCCGAAGAGGUACCUGCCUUCUUGAAUAUGACCGAACAACAAUCGCGAUUACUUGUGGCUCUUUACAAUGAAACUGAUCCCGAAUUCGCCAAACAAAUGCCUACUGCCUUACCGAUUGCAGCACAACAACUCCAAGCCGAGUACGAAAAACGUAAUAGUGUUGGCAAAAAGUUAGAAAGAGCGAAUUUGAAAUGGAUCGAUGAAUACAAGUUAUUCGACUCUGUUCAACAUGAAGCCAUUGAACGAUUAUCAAAAGCACCUACUGAAAAUAUCAAUAUCGAUAAAGCAGCUGAAGAUUUGGAUCUGUCAGCAGAGGGAUCGAUUCAUGAUUUGGUUUUGGGUAGUCUAUUGUAUGGUGGUAUCCGUCGUACCAGUGAUCAAGAAGAACAGCGCAAUGAUCCUGCUUCCAUGAGUCCAGUGGCCAGUCCUAAUUUUGAAGGUGCCAAGGGUUUGCUCGAACGUGCUUUUGAAAAGGGAUAUACGAUGGCUGCCGUACAAAUUGGAUCGAUUUAUAUGCAAGAAGAGAAAUUAGCGGGCGGUAAAAACAUGAAAGAUGGAGCCGAUCCAAAGCCUUUGUCUUUUUCAUGGUACAAAAAAGCAGCCGAUGUGGGCAAUCCUAUGGCAUGUCAUAAAUUAGGUUUCUUUUAUGAAAAUGGCAUUGGCUGUGAAAAAGAUAUUGAAAAAGCAGUAGCGUCUUAUGAGAAAGGAUUUGAACAAGGUUACCCCGAUUCAGCGCAUAAUUUAGGCUUAAUCUAUCAGGGCUUUACUCAAGAAACUACCAAAUUUAGAGACAUUAAAAAAGCGAUCGAAUAUUUCGAACGAGCUAAACAAUGGGGUUUCUCGGCAUCUUGUAACGCACUCGGCAGAAUGUAUUUACUGAUGUCCAAAAAUAACGAAUUGGCCAAUGAAGCAGGAAAUCCUGGUAGUGAACCUGAAGACUAUGUUGUGACAGGUAUUGAACUCAUGGAAGACGCUGCUAAUAAUGGUGACGCAGACGCCAUGUUGAUGUUGGGUCUUAUUUAUGGGUCCAAGGAUUAUGGCUUGUAUGACAUGGAUAAGGCGCAAAAUUACAUGGAACUAAGUCUUGUGCGAGGUUCGCUUGAAGCCUAUCCUUAUUUAGUGCGUAUCUUGAGAGCCAAGAUGGCCGCAAGAGUAGCUCUUGAAAAAGAAAAUUUGGAAAACUUUGAAAAGCUGAGUCCAGCAGAUCAAGAAAAACUCAUUCGACAGUUGGCGAAAGAAGGAGAUGCCAGCAAUAAUGUUUAUCGUACAUGUGGCAAUAUCACUUGUGAUAAAAAGGAAGAAAGACCAGGUAGUUUCAAGCGUUGUGGUAGAUGUCAGAAAGUAUGUUACUGUAGCCGUGAAUGCCAAAAAGAGCAUUGGAAAUCAGGGCACAAGUUACUUUGUAAGCAUGACGAACAACAGCCAUAAUCCCCCCACAUUUGUAAUAUAUAAAUGCAUUGUAAUAAAUACACUACGACUACCAUUCUCAUUAUACACUUUAAUCAUGAUUCUUCUUUUUUUUAAAAAAAAAAAAAAA